AUGGGGCCUGAAUUCGAAGAUUUGAGCCAUGUCCAGCAGGGUUGGAGUCAUUGGGCCGAUAUGGAAGUAGAAAGUGUUGCAGGCAGAAUUCUAGAAGCACAGAGCAACAGCCAGAAGAAGAAGCUUGUCGAUUCAAUCUGCCCACUUUACCAUGUUGUUCCUCACUUCACUAGAGGGAUAGGAGCGACUCAAAUUCUUACUAACCUAGGUAUGAGAAGCCAGGGCAAAAAAGCUCUGAAAGCACAGAGGAGCUUCAAUGUCACCCUUAAACAGAAGUGCCAUUUCCUCAAGAACAUGGUCGAACCAAUGAGGACCCAGAACAAGGGUGUUCUUGAACAGAUGGAAGACAUUCUCGUCCAGAUUCUUUUGGGCAAAUGGAUGAAGCUCGCUUCGAACCUCUAUUGCAUGAUUAUCAACGCCAUCUCCAGUGAGAUAGCAGGAGACCGUGAAAAAGAAGAACCCUUGGGACGAGUGUUUGGAGAAGACAUUUUCGAAUUCAAACGAAUAGGGAAGGGUUGA